AUUUUUACAUGAAGUAUAAGCAGACAGCCGGAAGAGACAUGAAGGUGGUAAUCAUUCCAGGUAAUGGUUGUGGUGAUGUCCAAGAAAGCAACUGGUAUGGCUGGCUUCGAGAGAAACUAACAGAGAAAAAUGUCAAGUGCUUGCUUAAAAACAUGCCUGAUCCAAUUGUGGCCAGAGAAAGUGUGUGGCUGCCGUUUAUGGAACAAGAAUUGUGCUGUGGUGAGGAUACUAUCAUUGUUGGACAUAGCUCAGGUGCUGAAGCAGCCAUGAGGUUUGCAGAAAAACACAAAGUUCAUGGUAUAGUUCUGGUAUCGGCAUGUGUUACAGACCUUGGAGAUUCUAACGAGGCAGCUAGUGGUUAUUACAAUCGGCCAUGGGAAUGGACCAAAAUGAAGGACAAUACUCAAUGGAUUGUACAAUUUGGGUCGACAGAUGACCCUUUUAUUUCAUUUGACGAACAAAAAGAAGUAGCUAAUGGAACCAAAGCUGAAUUUCACCAGUAUUCCAAUAAAGGACACUUCAACCAAGAUUCAUUUCCUGAACUACUGAAACUUUUGAAGCAAAAACUCGAUGCCUAGUCUCAGAAAAAAAACACCUUCCCCUUCUCAAGGCAUAGAUCUUAAUCCUCCAAUCCUAAGAAGCCAUAAAAAAAAGAUAGAUAUUCCUUUGUCAGACAAUCAAUGCCCCUCAGAAAAUUCAUUCCUUUUCUGAUUAGCAGGCUUUGAAAAUUUGUCUGGGUACAUGGCCUUGGUUAAUGUAGUCACACUGUAAAGCAUUUUUAAUAAUUACAGAAGAUUCAUGUUAUCUUGAACCCUAGAUAUCUCAAUCUUUCCAUUAGCUCAAGCUUCAGGCCCUACAGUAUCUUAUGGACAUGUCAGCAUCAAUGCAACACCAUGAUGCAGCGGCCAUGUUGAACUGCAAAGCAUUAUUUGUCGUCCAGGGGGCAAAACAAAACAAAGAUGCUGAAAUGAUGACCCCACGCUAUUUGACAAAUUUCCUCAGUUGAGGAACUGAAUUUUUUUAAAUUCAUCUCUUGUCAAAUAGACCUCUUCGGCUUGGGCCUAAUGUUUUCCCAUUUCAGACCACAUAUCAUUCCCUAGAGUAUCCUUUCUUUGUUUAACAGUUGCGCUUGGUUGCACAUGAGAAGACACAUGAAUAUGGAUACAACUCAAACAAAUAAUAUGAUUCUCAAGGGAAUGACACGUGGUCUGAAAUGGGAAAACAUUAUGCCCAAGCCAAAGAGGUCAAUUGUCUUGUUAUGAACUGUAAAAAUUAAUGUCAAACAAUGCAAUUAUUGUAACAAACAUUUUGUCUAUUUGUGCCCUGGAUGACCCACAAUGCCUUCUGAUCCAAGAUGGUCCACACAUUGUCAAAGUAGUCCAUUUAACUGUAUAAUACAAAAAUGAUAAUACUUAAAUUUAUGUUAAAYGACACAGAGCAAAAUGAUAGUUUGUUUAUAUUUUGGAUAGUAAAGUAGUUUUUUUUUGUAAUCAUAAACUUUAAUUAGAUGGUGAAAUUGAGUCCACUUGUAUCUGAUCUUCAAAGCAUGAUAAUCCAAAGUAGUAGUCCUGUGCUAGGACAGAUUCCAGGAUUUUGUCUCUCUGGACCAAAGACUUUGAAGCAAAUUGGUUGGCUGGUACUUGGAAGAGCUGUUGUGCUGUCUGUUCUGUUAGUCUUACUCUGAUACAUGUGUUGGAGUCAUGAAGAUCUAGUAACAGACUAUAUCGCCACUGCCAGUAGCAGCUGAGAGAUAUCUAAGAACAUACAAAGUUAAUGGGCAUAAGUUAUAAAAAUGAAUGUGUCAGGCCUCAGUGUAUCCUCUUAAGAGGUCCUUAGGGUCAUCAUACAAUGUUUCCUUCCCACCCUAAGAAGGUUUGUAGGAGGGUAGCCUCACAAGUGUUUGUAAUUGGUUCCUGUCUGGGUGUUCAACGAAUAAAAUUAGGUCAAGUGUCUGA